GCUGGUAUCGGAUUUCGAUCAUCCUUCGUGCGUUCGCGGAAACGGCGAGUUGAAAAGGUGGUUUUGGGUUUCUUACUUUCCUUUCUUGUUUUACACCUCCACAGAGACAAGAAGUGUACUGUGUCGCCUCCGUGCCUUCUCACUUUUUCCUCCUUUUUAACUACAGGCUACGUCGUGGGGUUUCUGCGUUGCGUGCUAUUGUCUUCUUUAUAAUUAUUGUCGCGACCCUUUCUGGCCCACACGUUUGCACUCCUGCGCUCCAUACUGCCCUUGCAUGCACCGUUUGGGUUCUGUUGCACGGCAUCUGUCAACUUGUACUAUUUGUUUUCUUCUCAAGCCUCUCUUGCGUGUCGACGACUCGGCAACCCCAAGCUUAACAUCCGCACCGGACAUUGAUUGCAACACGCACGCUUUCCUUGUUUUUUUUUUCCCCGCUGGAAAGCCCACAAAGCUUUGAGAGCAUUAACAAAAUAUUUAUUUCUCCUCAGGUCGUUAGCUCCAAUCGCUUCCGCGUUUUCUCUUCGUUUUGUGCUGUACGUUUUAAAGGCGAGUACAAACCGAGACGCUUGCGUACUCUUUCCAUCGGUUUUCCGCAGGUUGGCACGAAGCACUUCUUUCGCUGCCCUCCGCGUGAGUCAGCUUUUGCGCGUCCUCAAGUACACUUUUUUUAAUGUAGGCGGCUCCCGCGUUGCCCACGGUUUCUGUUUUUAUAUAUUAUUAUCCAAAGGAGGUUUUUUUUCUUUCUUUCGUUCAUUAUACGUGCCGAAAACGGACCUUACGCUUCAGCCAUGCCGGAGCCACUCGCCCCCUUAAGCGGGGAGAACCCCGACAAGGUUCUGUCAAAGCAGCUUUACAAGGACGGCAAAAUUAAUCAGAACAUGUUCUCCUCCGCCUCCCGCAAGGACAAGAAGGUGAUGCUCCCCGAGACGCCGCUCAAAGGGCUCACGAUUCAGAAACUGUGGGACAACGUCUUUCAGGACAACACGGACUUCCUGAAGAAGUAUCACGACAAGCGUAAUGAGUCGAAGCUGGAGGUCGGCGCGUGGGAGUACGGGCCGAACCACGGCAGCGGCUACCGCUUCGUCUCGUUGGUCACGUUGGUCGAGGUGCCCCGCGCCAACACGCCGACUCCGCUGAACGAGGCCCACCGCUUUGCCUACGUCACCACACCGGAGAAUAAAGUCAUGUUAGUGUAUCAGAUUUCUUCACAGACACCGAACGUGCCGGCGGGUGGGUCCUUCCGCACGGAGGCGUACAUGGAAAUCGUCGCGAACAGCGCCGACGCGGACUGCUCCAUCGCGAUUUGGGGCAACUGCCGCAAGAUGAGCAUCUCCUUCUCUGCCAUUCAGUACAUCGCCACUCCACGCGCUAUAAAGGAAAUGACGGCGGCGUAUAGGCAGAUGGUGAACAUGAUCAGCGAGGAGUUCUGCGGCGGCGCGGCGACCUCGGCCGAGCCGGAGGACGACGACAGCAACAAGACGGUGUCGCAGACCGUUGGCGGUGACAGCGGCGGUGGCGGUGAAGGCGGCCUCGGCUCCGUCUUCCACGGCGCGCUGCUCGUGCUGGCGAUCCUGGUGACGCUGCUGGUGUUCAGCAGCACGCGUACCAUUUCCCGCACCUCGCGGCAUGCCAUGACGAUGCUGAACCAAGACCGUAUGCUGCGCGACGGAGCCCCCGACGGCGGCCGUGGUGGGUUGACGGCGGCGGCGGCCACGGGCAAAUGGAUGUGCGAGGAGAAGGCGCUCCUCAUCGCCGCCCGUGAGGCGCAGCUGCAGACGCUACGGUACCGCUGGAUGGAGCAGCAGGCGGAGAUCGACCACUUGCAGUCGACGGUGUCGUUUCUCAAGUCGCUUGCCUACGUGCAGGUCGUCGCGACGGUUGUGGCGCUGCUUGGCGUUGUGUACUUGAUGCGGCGACACUUAGGCGGCAGCACCGACGGCCACGGUUGA